CACAAAACUUGAGUAAGUACAUAAAACACGGUAGCAAUGAAUAACACGUGUAAGACCAGACGUAAAUCAAAUCCUCGACAGAAUGCAAAUCCUCUGCUUGCUGCCACAUUUCUGUAUGUGUUGCCGACUUACAUUAAGGGACAACAAAAGCCAUUCCAGGAAGAUGAUCUUUACGAAACAGUCAGAGAUCUGCAGUCCGAACGUUUGGGGAACAAGGUGGAAAUAUUAUGGGAUCUAGCAAGUGGCGUGGAGAAGAAACCUUCGCUUGUAAAAGUUUUAAUUUCUGCUUUUGGUUUCGAGUACAUUACUUCUGGAAUAAUUCUGGCCAUAUUAGAAUUAGUAGUUAAGCCUGCGCAAGCCGUGUUUCUCGGGCGCUUACUACUGUUCUACAUGCCAAUUGUUGACGUUAACACGCAUACGACCCAAGAGGAGGCACGAUGGUAUGCAGGGGGCAUAGUUUUUUUCUCAUUUUUGCGAAUAACGCUAUUUCAUCCGCUCAUCGUGCACACCCAAUUGAUCGGUUUGAAAGCCAAAAUAGCUUGUUGCGCGUUGAUCUAUCGGAAAACGCUCAAGUUGAACAAUGCCGCGUUUAGCAAAACGAACAUUGGACAAAUGAUCAAUUUGCUAUCGAAUGAUGUGAUCAUAUUUACUAAAUGUGCAUUGAUGCUAAAUCACUUGUGGGUGGGCCCACUACAAUGCCUUGUAGUUACAUGUUUAAUGUAUCACUAUGUUGGAGUUUCGUCAAUCUUUGGCGUAUUGCUACUGAUACUAUUUCUACCAGCAUACUAUUGGCUGGGUAACUUGGCAUCCAAGUAUCGAUCAAAAGCUGCUAUGCGGACAGAUGCCAGAGUGUGUUACAUGAAUGAAGUUAUCCUAGGAAUUGAAAUAAUCAAAAUGCACGCUUGGGAAAAACUAACUACAAGCUUGAUGCUGUCGCUUCGCAAGUAUGUUCGCACAAGUUCCCACACAAGUGCGCUCAUUAUAUGUUUCAGUCUGGAAAUGAAAUAUAUUCGGCUAUGCACGUAUGUAAAAGCUGCAUACAUGUCUUGUGAUAUAGUUGUGAUACCGAUCAUUCUUUGGGUAACAAUCGUAGUGUAUGUGUGCCAUAAUACCAUUAGGGCAGAUACGGUGUUUACACUGAUAUUGUAUUACAAUUCACUACGUUUAUCCAUAGGAAAAUUUUUCCCGCAAGCUCUUAGCUAUCGUGCCGAAGCACUCGUCUCCGCCAGGCGCAUCAACGAAUUCUUGCUGAAUACCGAAAUUCAAUUGGAAAACGCCGAAAGCACAACCGAUCCGAUUGCCAUUCGAAUUAGUGAGGGUAAUGCUAAAUGGAAGGAAGAUCUCACAUUAAAAGACAUUAAUUUGACGGUGAAUCCCGGAGAGUUGGUCGCAAUUGUUGGGCAAGUCGGAUGCGGAAAAUCAAGUUUGUUAAACGUGUUACUGAAGGAGCUGAAUUUGUUUUCUGGAAAGUUGUACAUAAACGGAGAAAUCAGUUACGCCUCGCAGGAUGCUUGGCUAUUUCGUGGCAGUGUUCGGGAUAACAUUUUGUUUGGCGAAAAAAUGGACGAGGUUCGUUACAAGGAGGUGGUGCGUGUGUGUGCUCUAGAAUGUGACUUUAAUUCAUUGCCAUACGGCGAUCUUACCAUGGUCGGAGGACGAGGCGCUUCCUUGAGUGGUGGCCAGAAGGCGAGAAUAAAUUUGGCACGCGCCGUAUACAGAGAUUCCGACAUUUACCUACUCGACGACCCUCUUGCCUCGGUCGAUGCUCGAGUCGCCAAACAAAUAUUCGAGGAGUGUAUUAAAGGGUAUUUAAAGGGGAAAACUAUAAUGCUAGUUACACAUCAAAUAAAAUUCCUGACAGAUGUGGAUCGGUUAAUUGUCUUAGAAAACGGUGCGAUAAUUUCUCAAGGUUCAAUGGAUGAAAAGGCAGCCCUUGACUAUUCCAAGGGGAUAGAUGACUUUGACGUAGAAGAACUCGGCUCUCGAAAAUUAGCACACAAGGUUCAAAAUGUUACCAAAGAACAAAAAUCUGAAGGUUCAGUGUCAAAAAGUGUAUAUCGACGGUACAUAGCUUCUUGUGGAUUUUUAUCGUUUUUGAACGUUGCUGUGCUGUUCAUAUUAACGCAGGCAUUGAUUAGUGGAGGAUCCUAUUUCUUGGCGUAUUGGGUCAACAUAGCACAAACCAAAGCACCGUCUCCAGAGCAGAGCAAUUCCAGUAAUGUUUCACAGAUCUUGGAGUAUAACGAAGAUACGAAGAACAUGCAUAUUUUCACAUAUUCCAUUAUAACCAUCGCCUGCACGGUUAUUGUAUGCAUACGGUCAUAUGCAUUCUGCUCCAUGUUACUCAAAUCAUCUCAAACACUGCACAACAAUAUGUUUAAAAACGUUAUCGGUGGAACGAUGCAUUUUUUUAACACAAAUCCCCAAGGAAGAAUAAUAAAUCGAUUCUCACAGGACAUGGGAACUGUUGAUGCAGUGCUACCACCUGUUGCAAUUGACACAAUUCAAUUAUUGGUAUCGGCAUUUGCUUCAGUUACACUGAUCGCAAUUGUAAACUACUGGCUAUUAAUACCGACAGUAGUAAUAGGCUCAUUAUGCUACGGUUUGAGAGCAUUUUGUAUACCAACAAUGCGCAAUGUGAAAAGGCUGGAAGGUGUAACGCGGAGUCCAGUUUUUGAACACUUAAGUUCAUCACUGCAAGGCCUGAGCACUAUUCGAGCUUUUCAAGCUGAAGCAAUUUUAAAAGAAGAAUUCGACGCCCAUCAAGAUUUACAUAGCGGCAGCUAUCAUUUAUUCUUAAGCACGUCACAAGGGUUUGGCUACUUCUUAGACUGCAUAUGCGCAAUAUACCUUGCUGCCGUCACCUUUAGCUUUGUUAUCUCUGGCAGUGAUAUCCUCGGUGGCAACGUAGGGCUCGCCAUUACCGAGUGUCUAACCGUGACAAGUAUACUUCAGUGGGCAAUGCAACAGACGGCGGAGUUUGAAAACAACAUGACAUGCGUGGAACGCAUCUUGGAGUACGAGUCAAUCGCACAAGAAGAAAUUACCGGUGAAGAGGUUCAACUAUGGCCGAAGGACGGAGAAAUACUGUUCCGCAACGUUUCGCUUCAAUACCUUCCGGAUGCUCCACCUACUUUGAAAAACAUAAAUUUCAAAGUUGCCCCAACGGAAAAAAUUGGAAUUAUUGGACGAACUGGCGCAGGAAAAACAUCAAUAGUCAACGCUCUUCUUCGGCUAAGUCCAAUGUCUGGAGAAAUUCUCAUUGAUGCGGUUGACACAAAGAGCAUAAGUUUGCAAGCGUUACGCUCGAAGAUCUCGGUCAUCCCUCAAGAUCCUACUCUAUUUUCUGGCACUUUGAGGCAAAACUUGGAUCCAUUUCAAGAGUAUGAUGAUAGCGCUCUGUGGAAUGUUCUCGAAGAGGUUGAACUGAAAAAAUUAUUUACAUCCCUACCAGAAGGUUUAUCUCAUGUUAUUAACCAAGGUGGAACAAAUGUAAGUGUGGGUCAACGUCAGUUGAUAUGCUUAGCACGUGCCAUUCUGCGUAAUAACAAGAUAUUAAUCAUGGAUGAAGCAACUGCGAAUGUGGACUUGGAAACGGAUAGUUUAAUACAAAGGACGAUUAGAAAUAAAUUUGAGACAUGUACAGUGCUUACUAUUGCACAUAGAUUAGAGACAGUUAUGGAUUCUGAUAAAGUUCUAGUUAUGAAUGCAGGUGAAGUGGUGGAGUUUGAUAAACCAUCUGUGUUGCUUAAUAAUGUCAACGGAUACUUUUAUAAAAUGUAUCAAAGGUUUAACAAACAUCAACAUAGUACAUAGUAUGUCAUCAU